AUUUAUGCUUCCUAAAUGCUACACGGGGAUCACAGACAUUUUAUGUUUAUCCAAAAUCUCUGGCAAUUUAAAGAACUUUAGCCAUUUUGAUAGAAGAGCAUUUCCACUUGUGCUGCUGUCUCCCGAAAGCCAACAACAAGCAAAAUUGUAGGAUAGGAAACCAACGCCGGGAGCCUUAAGGACAGCUGAAUUGUGUACAUCAUUGAGAAUACGUUCCAAGAUACAGGAUGAAGACCCAGAUCACCCAUUUUCUGAUUGCUGGUUUCAUUUUCAUUGGUAUGCAAAGGGGUGUAAAUAUGGAGGAAUGUAUCUUUGAGAAUCUGGACGGUGAUGACGGCAAGUUUUGCAGGGGGAAUCUACAAGUUGUUUAUCCAGAACUGGGAGAUGUUGGCUGUACAUAUAUUCCAAAGUGUAACCAGUACCGUAAACGGAUCAGCAAGGAAUGGGGCAGCCCAGAUGUCAUAUACCAGGAGGCAGAUGCGAGUAAGAGAUACAUUCUCAUCAUGGUGGAUCCGGACGCCCCGAACAGAGCAAAACCAAAGUUCCGCUUCUGGAGACACUGGACUGUUGUCGACAUCCUAGGUGCUGAUCUGAAGAAAGGCAAGCUGAAAGGCCGCGUGUUGUCAGAUUACCGCCGACCCACACCACCGUCUCAAAGUGGUUUUCACCGCUAUCAGUUUCUCCUUUAUGAACAACCAUUGUUUGAAGCCAUAUCCUUGAAUCCAGAAGAAAAUCAGUCUACAGGUUCUUGGAAGAUGGAUAAUUUCCUGAAUCGAUUCCGAAUUGGAAUGCCAGUGGCUUCAACCCAGUUUAUCACUAAGGAUUACCAAGACUAGCAGCAGUGAAAAUGAUAUUCCCCCUUCGGCUUGUAUUUUUUCCCUUUGUAGCACAAGAAUGAAUCAUCCAUCCAUGAUCAGAACCAGGCCAUUGAUCUAUCAUAUAUUUUCCAGUUCUGAUGGCUUUGCAAAGAUGCAGUUUAGUCCUAUAAUCCUUUCUUCCAGCUAGCCAUUCAUUUUGAUAUGAAGAGGAGAACUCAAUGCCUUAUUCUAUGGACUGCGGGGCAUCUAUGAACAAAUAAAUUGGAUUCUUUUCCUAUUUGUUUGUAUGCAAUGACAGUAACAUAUUAUUACACAUUUGCAACCAUCUGAUUAUUAUCAUAACACAGGUAUUUCCAGCCCUUUCCAGCUACCGUUUCUGGGGAAAAGAUCCUCUCUGUGCAAAUUUCCCACUAAGCCAAUUUGUGUGACUUGUGUUAGAAAAAAAAAACUCAGAAAUUGAAGCUGUGCCUCUCAGAGAAGCUAAUCCAUCUGUUCCUCUUUUAGUUAAACAGUGCUAAUCAGUCUUGUUAACACUGAUUCUGUGGUCAAAGAGGCAUUAAUAAAGAAUCCUCUUAUGUGGUCCUUGAAAUAUCAUGGCAGUGGAAGAAAGUUGUCGUUCUCUAUUGGAUGCAAGUCUUUCCAGGCAUUUGCAUGCAUACAGUUCUGACCUGGUUUGAAGAGCUUCUUCAUACAUUUUACCUCAUUUACAAAAAUUUACAAAAUUGCUUUGCUUUGAAAGUACUGACCAGACGUAUAUCCAAGAAGUAAAGUCACUUCUUGCUUUGGUAUGCCAAUAAGUUACCCAUUUUGGUUUGUUUCUAAUGCUUCUCUGCAGGAUAACAUUUCUAACCCAAGCCUAUUGUAGCACUUUCUAGUUGUGGUUGAUCCUCUUAACAUAAAUGCCUACUUCACAUUGAUGCCGUCACAAUAAAAACAGAGCAGCGCUUCA